UCUGUUCAAACUCUCCAUUGUAUUCUCCGUAAUCCAUUUUUUUUUCCAAAUUUCCAUCAUUGGGCGUUAGGGUUUUUGGGAAUUCGGAGAUGUCUCUGAACAGCAGCAGCGAUAGUAGCCGGAGUACCGGGCCGGACUUUCAUCUUUCCGAUGAAAUACUCUCGGUCAUUCCGACGGACCCUUACGACCAGUUGGAUCUUGCUAGGAAGAUUACUUCCAUGGCUAUAGCCUCUCGUGUUACCAAACUUGAGUCGGAGACGGGUAGACUUCGUCAGAAGCUUAACGACAAGGAUCGGGUCAUUGUGGAGCUCCAGGACAAGGUCUCUCAGCUCGAGAAGGCUUGUCAUGAAAAUGAAUUGCGGUUGCAAUUUACUUGUGAAGAUAAUAUGAAGCUUACGAAGGAGAGGGAUUCAUUGGCUAUGACAGUAAAGAAAAUGGGUCGAGAUUUAGCAAAGUUGGAGACUUUUAAAAGGCAAUUGGUGCAGUCUCUUAGUGAUGAUAAUUCAGCGCAAGCUGAAACUGUUGAUAUUGGCACUUACGACCAAUCUACCCAUAAGGCCUAUUCUGUAAAGGAGGAGGUGAACAGCCAUGCAGUACACCAUUCUUUCAGUGGUUCUAUGGACAGCACAGUAACUAAUGAUGAUGCCUCAAAGCGAGCUUUGCAAAGAUAUUCCAUGUCACCUUACAUAACACCGCGUCUUACUCCAACUGGGACUCCCAAAAUAAUCUCCACUAGUGUAUCUCCUAGAAGAUAUUCUGUUGCUGGAUCUCCUCAGAGGAUGUCUGGCGCCAACUCUCCAACAAACUCUCAAUACGAAGGACGAGGUUCGAUGUCAUCUUUUUUCCCAUCAAGUCAACAGUCAUCAGCAGCUAACUCCCCUCCUAAGUCACGCCCAUUGCCAGGUCAAACUCCUCGAAUUGAUGGGAAGGAGUUCUUCCGACAAGCUAGGAGUCGUCUAUCCUAUGAGCAGUUCAGUGCCUUUCUGACCAACAUUAAGGAAUUAAAUGCACAAAAGCAGUCUCGUGAGGAAACUUUGAAAAAAUCAGAAGAGAUUUUCGGAACGGAGAACAAAGAUCUUUAUCUGUCAUUCCAAGGUUUGCUUAACCGUAGUGCUCGGUGAAAGAAAUAGAGUAAACACGG